UAAGUGUGGUUCACAGAAGCCAGCCAUGAUAAUAAGAAAACCAGGGGUGCAAUUCUGUGUUGCCACAGUAGUAUUUCUUUCCUUUGCUGUAUUUCAUUCAGGUGAGAUUCAAAAUAUAUUUGUGUUGUUGUACUUGUUUGAUUAUAAACUAUUAGAAGUGGUACCAUACCUGUCUCAGGUAUUGAUGAAAAUAUUUAAUCAGGUUUAAAACAUGAGGCAUGACCAAGUGGUUCAAUAAGUAACUAGUACAGUGAUAUUUUCCUUCUGAAUAAAUAUUGCUAUUUUAAUUUGUCACUAUAAAUGCAAAGUGAUUACAAUGUAUUAGUUUGGCAUCUAAUUAUUUUUGAAUGUGUCUCUUGCAGAUGGCCUAGCAGUUAUGUCUGUGGAUCUAGGAAGCCAGUUUAUGAAAAUUGCUAUAGUAAAGGUAGCAAAAUUUAUUUUGCAUCAAAAUCUGCUGCAACGUUACAUGUACCUUGGGCUAAUUUUCUGAUACAUUAGGGACCUAAAGAUACACCGUUUCUACCUAUGGGUGUGGGUAGUUCAACAUGUUUGCUACGUAAUUAUAGAAAAGUUCGCCUUGAUUUCCCAGGUACAGAUACAGAUACCAUGAUAAUGGCAUCACCGUUCUACCUGGUAGCCUACCUGUUUCUCUGGGGUAAGAGGCAGUCUACCCAUAUUUAUGGCUACAUGUAUGGGUAAUUUACCCUUACCCAUACAUACAGAAAUGGUGUAUCUUAAGGUCUCUAUUAACAUGGAGUUUUUGAAUUUCAGCCUGGUGUACCAAUGGAAAUUGCACUAAAUCAGUAAGUUGUUUUUUCACUGUGAAAUUAGUAGUAAGUCGUAGUAGUGAUUAAUGUUAGCAGAACUGUAAAGGAAAAAGGUGACAAUUGUGUUUUUCUCACAAACACCGUUGGGACCCACAUGAAUCAUGUGACUUUUGGCGGGCAGUUGUAUUUGCUGUUGUCUGCCACUUCUGGCUUUUUCCCAGCCACUCAUCACCCAAAAAGUUCAAAUUAGUACUUGUAUAUUUGGUAAUCUAUCUUUUAUACAAACCUGCUAUUCAUUUAAUUUCCCCUUUUGAAGAAAUGUUGAGUUUACAAUAUAAAAGUCAGGCUGUGAUGACAGGUACAAAACAUGAGCUAGAUCAACUCAUUUACAUACCAGGGAAUUCCAUAAAAUAAUAUUGCAUACCUGUAUAGUCUGAUAUGAGUUGAUCUGCCCCAAGCUUUGUACCUGCCCAGGCUACAGAGGUCAGUUUUGCUUGGCAGCCAGUGGCAUGAGAGAACGGUCAAUUUGGCAUUCUCUAUAAAUAUCUUUGAUUGAUGUUCUCACAUAAAGUCAACCACAUUUUUUAGGGAAUCAAGAAGAAAAACACCUGUUGCAGUUUCCAUGAAAAAUAAUGAGCGUUUAUUUAGUGAUGGUGCCAUGACAGUGGUAUGUAUUAACUAAAUGGUAUAAUAAUAGCAACUGUUUCAAUCCUUAUAUUGGCUGAAGAAACACUUGCAAAAAUCGCUCUAUGUGUAUUAUCCUAAGAAUUAAAUAAAAAGUUCUGCUAAAGAGGCUUCAUUUCAAUGCUAACACUAUAAGAUUAUCGUUCUCAAGUCUUUAAUCCUUUAACCCUUUAAGUCCCAGUAGUGACCAACAUCAAUUUUCUCCUAAAAAUAUCCUUACAAUGUCAAGAGAUUAGGUUAUGAGAAUUAACAAAAUGAUCAUCUGAGAGACAACGCUCUUGUCUUUUAUCAAAUUCUCUCAACCCAUCCAUGAAGGAAAUGUAUAGAGAUCAGUUUGGAGAAUUUGUAUGUGGAUAUUGGGGCUUAAAGGGUUAAACCCCAGUAUCCACAUACAAAUUCUCCAAACUGAUCUGCAUACAUUUCCUGAAAGAAUGAGUUGAGAGAAUUUGAUAAUAGAUCAAGGUAUUUUUUCUUGGGUGAUCACUUUAUUAAUUCUCAUAACCUAUCUGUUGACAGUGUAUGGAUAUUGUUAGGAGAAAAUUUAUCUUGGUCACUAUUGCCACUUAAAGGGUUAAGUUAGAGUAAAAAAUAAUCUUGCUAUAGUGUUGUCUAAGAAUGAAGGGGUGAACUCAUUUCCUAAUAAAAAUAAUUGUUAUUAAGAGUUGUUUUUCCAAGAUAAAGAUAAAAGUUGCUAGCAGGUGCAGUGUAAAUAUAAUGAUUGAUUAUUCAUUUUUUAUUAUUGGUUUCUCCUUAAUGGUAGAACUGAAUAUUGAACUGAGUUCUUCUGUAAAUUAUCCUGUCAAAACUAUCUUCCAAUCCAGCAGAAGUCUGUUCCAUGUAGAUUAUUUCUUAUGAUUGGUAUCAUAUUGAGUGUUUAUCGGUCUUUAUUUAUUUAUUUAUUUAUUUUACUUUUUUUGUUGCAGGCUGUUAAGUACCCAAAGAAUUCUUACAUUUUUGUGCAAGAUCUUCUUGGUAAAAAGAUUAAUAAUCCACUGGUCCAGCAGUAUAAACAAAGGUGUGUUUAUUUGUGAAUUGAAGUAUUUGAUUAAAUAUGCAAGAUAAUAAUAUCACUGUUCCAAAAUUAAAAAUGUAGGACAGAAGUCUGGCAAAGUUUAUUGUCUUUUCUAAGAUCAGAUUUCCAAUCCUUUUCUGUGUUUGUGUUUAAAUUACUAUGUUAAUGAUUGAUAUCUGCUUUCCGGGCCAGAUUUCCAUGGUAUGAUCUUGAAGAAGAUAAAGAAACCGGAACUGUUGUUUACCGGCAUGACAGUGAGACCACCUUUACUCCUGAGGAAAUUCUUGGCAUGAUCCUAAAUCAUUCCAGAGGUAUCGCUGAAAAGUUUGCAGGUAAGACUUGCAAGUCAAGUUUCUUUGUUCAGGGUUCGAAAUAACAGCUGAUGAUAAGACAAUCUCCGGCUAAGAUGACUGUUUGUCUGGACAAACUUCCUGUUUGCCAGUCAUUUUGACUGGACAUGUAAAUAAGUGACCAGAAGAAAAAUACAUUUUCACCCCAUUUUUCACAUCUUUCAAAAGGACAAGCAUUUUUUUGACUUUAUGUUUUGGUUGUUAGGCUAGUAUGUACAUUCAAGUUAUUAUUGGGUUAUUGUCUGCAAAGUAAUAGUUGCUUGCAAACUUAACUCUCUGUACAUCUUUCCAGAUCAUCCAAUGAAAGAUGUGGUGAUAACAGUUCCUUCAUUUUUCAACCAGGCCGAGAGACGAGCUGUUAUCAGGUAAGAUUUGGUGUCUGUGUAUGUUGUAGGUAAAAUCCCUUCUCAGGUUAAACAAGAAUUUUCUUUUUCACCUACAAAAUAAUAUGGGCUAUGAACAAAGGAAAUCCUUAUUCAAAAUAUGGUAAGUUGAAUACUGACUUGUAACUGACCCUGCUAUCUGUGAGUUUCUCAGUCGCUCAGUGGAUGUCAGUGGACAUUGUGACAGUGCUUUCCAUUCAACCAAAACUUUCUAAAAUUUGGAAACAGCAGCAAAUGGUACAGAAAGUUCCUGGAAAAUUUUCCAGUAAUCCCGGAAACUGCUGAAUUUCCGAAAUGCAAACCUUUCAACCAAAAAUUCUAGAAAUUCUGAGAGUAAAGUUUAAUUGAUAGAAAACUUCCGGUAGCAUGCAAAGAAAGUAGUGUCCGAUGGCCUGGGGCUUCUGGAUUUUGUUAUUGGGCUAGUGAAUUGUGUUAUCAACUUGCCUAACGGGCAGGUAAAGUUAUUUGAGGAAUUCAAAUUACAGAAGAACUGUGAAAUCAAUCUGCUCAUCAAUACGUUUUUGGGGCUAGUUGAAAUGAUGUUUGGGAUACUAAAUGUUAGCUUCAGUUUGCCUAAAUGGCAAGCUGUAAAAAUGACUUUCUUUGCACCCUGUCUGGGAGAAAAAUUUUGAAAAUUUGGGUAUACCUUGCGAGGUUGUGCUUUUUUUGGAAAUUUUUGAAAAUGCUGUUCCAUUCGCUAAUGGAAGUUGACGAAAAAUCAAAGUGGAUGUUUUGGUUGAGUGGAAAGCACCCUUUGUUAACAGGUUGGAAUAUUGUCAAGGAUUUGCAAGUUUUUUCUUUGUCCUGUUUACUUGCCUGCGGAUUAUCUGUCUUGCAAAUAUCAGUCCACCCCCAACACUUAUUAUUGUACAAUACUGUGUUUUUUAGGGCUGCAAAGUUGGUUGGUUUAAAUGUUCUGCAGCUGAUGAAUGAAAACACUGCAGGUUAGUUUAGGAAAACUGAGAAUAAUCUUGUUGAGUUAAUGAUUUGUGGUUUAUUUGAUUACAUAUCUUAAUUCUAUACUGUUUGUCUGUUAUUUCAGUUGCCCUUCAUUAUGGAGUGUUCCGCCGCAACUCGUUUAACACAACUGAAAAGGUAACAAAAAAUAACGGUUUGACAGACAUGUUUAGUCACUAUUAGGCAGUCAACCUCUAUUUAGUCACCAGUUAUCGGAGUACAGUGGAACCUCGAUACAAUGAAGUCCUCUGUGUAGCAAACUAUUUUCUUUACCCCAGUAAUAGUAAAUUUUACAGUAACUGAGCAAAUCCUUGCGCGCUGAUUGGUCGAGAACUAUGGUCUAUGAUCAGAGUAUAGACCAUGAAAAUGACAUAACAUGUCACAUAGUGCGCGCGUGAUUUUCCAAGAAAUUUGCAGGAAACUGAAAAAUAUUAUUGUAAAAAACAAAUCGACCACAAUUUUCCAUGGACUACACUUUUACUGACCAUAGAAAUGACGCCAUAAAAUGUUCAAAACUUUGCAAUGAAACCACUCACCUGCGGCUCUUGGUUCCACUUGAGUUUUGAACUUUUUAUGACAUCAUUUCUAUGGUCUAUAAGAGUGUAUACCAUGGAAAAUUGAGGUCAGCUUGUUAUCUACAUGAAAAAGAAACCUUGAUAUAGCAAACAAAUUUUGCCAGUCCCUUGGCCCUUUGUUUUAUAGAGGUUUCACUGUAUUGUAGAAAAAAAACAAUUGGCCAGUAUUUCUUAUAAUUAAGUAAACAGUUCAACAGAAUCUCUAGGCCAACUUUCGAGGAGUGGCUGCUUGUACUUGUCCAUUCCCUAAGGGUGGCUGAUUUAAAAAUGUUCUACUGUAAUUUGAAAUCUAAAAGCUGUACACUAUUCUACUUUUAGCUACUCAGAAACCAUUUUAUUUGAUUUUUUGUUUUUGACAGUACAUCAUGUUUUAUGACAUGGGAGCAACAAGCACUGUGGCAACUAUUGUUGGUAAGCAGUUGAUAAGUUGUUGAUAUUUUGUGGCCAAACAUUAUAACAGACAAAAAAACUCUUAAUCCUUUAGUGUGUUUUUUUAACUUCUUGUUAGAUACAAUAUGGAAGUGCUUGCAAUAGCUUUCAUAUGAAUAGUCAUACAUUAACAUUUUCUUAUUUCUGGGUACAGCUUCAACAGGGUUCUCAAUAGAUUUUUAAGUAGGAGGUGAUCACUGAUAAAGUAGGAGGCUCUUCAGCUAAGCCAGAGGUGUCAAAACAAAGCAAAGAAAAGCGACCUAAACACAAAGUAAGCGGCUAUAAAUCCCAAAGUAAGCGGCGAUCAAUCGCCGGGUGCCGCCUUCUAUUGAGAACCCUGUUCAAAUGUUAUAGACAUCCCAUAUUUCUCCAGGGUGAUUGUGGGAGGAAAUCAGAGAAAUAUGGUAUACUUACAGUCAUCUUAGUGAAGUUUAAAUCUCUAUUCACAGGUUAUAGCACUGUUAAACACAAAGACAGAGGAAUUACAGAAACAGCACCACAGGUGGCCGUCAAGGGGGUGGGGUAAGUCAUGGAUUGCACAGUUAUUAACAUCACUAAUGGAUCUAGUAAAUGAAGAAAAUCACAAACAGUAAACAUGUAUUUACAGAUUAUUUCAAAUCCGUGUUCCAGGUUUGAUCGCACUCUUGGAGGCCAUGCUAUGGACAUCAGACUAAGAGAUCAUUUGAUCAAAAUCUUCAAGGUACUUAUUCAUGGAUAGAUAUAUAGGAUCAAAAAAGCAGCAAGUCCACAUUUACCAAUUAAUGACUUUUGGAAAUCAAACAUUAUCACUUUGAAGUAGCUUUUAUUUGAGUUAGAACCACCUUGUGCAUUAUAAUAUAUAGUACCACAGUAAAGUACUACUCAGUAGCUUUCAUUUGAUUGGUCACACUUUAGGAUUUCAUCCACAGACUGAAAAGCUAGAACCACCUUGUACAGCAUAAUAAACAGUACCACAGGAAAGUACUGCUCAGUAGCUUUCAUUUGAAUCAUGGUCACACUUUAGGAUUUUACCCAAAGACUCAAAAGUUAGACCUCCUUGUACAGCAUAAUAAACAGUACCACAGGAAAGCACUGCUCAGUAGCUUUCAUUUGAAUGGUCACACUUUAGAAUUUCACCCACAGACUCAAAAGUUAGAACCUUGUGCAGUGGAAGCAUGGACACUUUGAAAUUUAUCUUCUACAUCUUUGUAGGAGAAGUACAAGACACAGGGCGAUGUUACCCAGUCUCCCCGAGCCAUGGCCAAGUUUCUGAAGGAAGCUGCCAGAGUAAAACAAGUGCUUAGUGCUAACACUGAGAUUUUUGCACAGGUAAGCAUUAUUUUACGGAAUUUACACACAAAUUCUCCAAACCGAUCUCCCUAAAAUAAUAAGUCAGAGCAUUUUUUCCCUUAAGUGAUCAGCCUGUUAAUCCUCAUACAUCUUCUCUUCUUAAUGUAUUGAUACAAAAUAAUGCAUCUUUAGGAGAAAAUUGAUGGUUGAUAUAAAGUUGAUAAAGGUGAAACUUAUUUUUUAAACUCAUUGGUGAAAGAAAAAUAUUAGAUGUUGCCAUUAUGUCAAGAAUUUCUCCGCAGCAUGCUUAUGAUACGACGUCAUUCUCUUUCACUGCCAAGCCUAAAAUUUUUUAUGUCUAUUUUCCACCACACAGUACACCCUUGACAUUUUUGUCAUAGUAGCAUGUGGGGCAUAAUAAUAAUAAUAAUAAUAAUAAUAAUAAUAAUAAUAAUAAUAAUAAUAAUAAUAAUUCCUUUUUGUACCCUUGGCAGUAUUUAUAGCACUUUUGCUAGUGGGGCCGAGCAAAUGUCUGAAACAAAUCAUUCAAAUAUAAACAUAACAGGGUUAAGAAUCUCAAAUGGCUGGAGGCAAACCAGCUCACUAUUUAUACACAGAACCUAGUAAAUGUCUUCUCUCUUCCCACGAGUAUCUCAAUAGCUCAGUGGAGUAAAUCCUGCUAGUCCCAUGCUAUGACAUCUUUUCAAAUAUUUUAGUCACUUACGCAUUGUAAUGAUAUUUAUUGUUGAAUUUAGAUUGAGGGUGCUUUUGAAGAAAAAGAUUUCCGUGCCAAGGUAACACGAGAGGAAUUUGAACAGUUGUGUGGUGAUCUGCUUGACAGGGUGCCAGGACCUGUUGAACAGGCUCUCAAAUCUUCAGCCAUUACCUUGGUAAGUUAACCUUUUAAUUGCAGGCAACCAGGGAAGCGCGCAAUAAUAAUCUCGAGAUUCCUAUUAUGCAUGCACUGAUCCACAGUACAUACAGCUAUUUCGAGAAAAGUUGGGAGAAAAACUGUGCGCGCAACAAUCCCCAUAGGUAAUAUGGGAUAUGAUCAAUGCACUUUUCCUGAGACUGUAGCUGUCGAAUCUACUUUUGUUACUUUCUUUUAGCACUCGCAAUCAUAUGUCCAUGGCUUCUCGUGCAAUUCUUUGAAAUUUCUCUGAAAAACAUUAAACUCAAAAUCACCCACACCUUUUGGGAUUGUCUUGUGCACUUUUUCUGACAACCUUUCUUGAAAUAGCUGUAUGCAGCCAGCAUUCAUUCGGAGGUCUGUUAAGAAUGAAUUAAAUGCAUAGAAUGCAACCUUAUCAUGCGCAAUUUAAUCUUGUAUCACUCCUAAUCUGAUCACACAUCUUUUGCUUGUUUCUUUUGUGGGACACUUUUUAUGUGUAUAGAAACAUUUGCCAUUUUAAAUUUUUUAAGUGUUUGUGAUCAUUUCUUGUUUAGGAUGAAAUUGAAAGUGUUAUUCUUGUUGGUGGAGGAACACGUGUUCCAAAGGUUCAAGAGCUGCUUUUAAAGGCUGUUAAAAAGUAAGUUUUAUUCUCUUUCUGGUGCUGUUGACCUGUUGAAUGGAUGUUAAAAAAUAUUACUGUUGAUAUUUUAGAAAAAUGUGCUUUUUGUCCAUGAUCAACAAGUAAGAUCAGUGUCAAAUUUAAAUAACUGAGCACUGUUUUUCAGAAAACGACUGUAAUUACCAUUACUUCCAUAAUAAUAGUAAUAAUAACAUUGUAUUUGAGCAUUUGAUUUUAUUGUUUUGUUAAUGUGAAUUUCAGGUCUGAACUUGGAAAGAGUGUUAACACAGAUGAAGCUGCUGCACUUGGUAAAAUAAUUAUUAUCGGAAACCGUGUCCUUACUCAUGUUACGAUUAAAAAAGAGAUUCCUGGAAUUUACUGGUAUUUUUUGUUUAACCUGUAGGUGCUGUUUAUCAAGCAGCUGAGCUAGGAAAAGGCUUCAAAGUCAAGAAAUUUGUUGUUAAAGAUGCUAAUGUCUACCCAAUACAAGUUAGUGAGAAGACUUUUCUUAGGGUGCUUUCCAUGUGUCAGAACAGACCAGCCAGGCCAUUCCUGUCGUAAUGAGAAAUUCACUUUUAAUCAAAGCUAUCCAGCCAAAUCAGUCAAAUCCUAAGUAGCAUGCAUGAAGGAAAUAGUUUUUCAUAAGAAAAAACUCUCGAAAAAAAGCCAUGGUUUGGCCGGCCAAUUUUGGCUUUUGGAAAGCACCUUGUGUUGUUUUAGUUUGGUCUACAGCUUAGUACCAUAGAUAAAAACAAAAGAAAUAAAAUACGUAGAAAAUAUCCAGUUCCCUUUUUGUAAAUGUUGGUAAAUUUCAUGAGACAGCUUCUUUAAUGCUUUUCUGACGAAAUCAUCUUUUUGGAUUUUGAUUGCAGGUCUCAUUUGAACGAGUAAACAAGGCUGACGACGGAAGUGAGACUGUGAGACACGUCAAGCGGAUGUUGUACCACAGAAUGAACCUUGUACCACAGAAGAAGGUCAUGACGUUCAACAGACACAUGGGAGAUUUUAACUUCCACGCAUGUUACACUGAUUUAGACUUCUUGAGUGAGGACGAACUAGGGUAAGGGUCUUCGGAAGUAUUCUUACAUUCGUAACCUGUUUAAGCUAUUCUAGCCUGCGUAGCCGGCAGUUUCGUUAAUGGUAGGGCAAAGUUUUCCAGAGGCGCUUCCAAGCUGCGCGGAGAAUGGGGAGGAGAGGCUUCGGCACUCGCUUCUUGCGGUAGAGACUGGCAGAGCGAAAACAACUCCACAGGGUAAAGGCUUCCCAGGCUAAAGCUAUUCAGAAAGUGCUUUGUCUGUUCCACGUGCUGUUGUUUGAAAAACUGUCAUUUAUUACAAACUUAAAUAGUUUGGAAUUAGCCUGCUUAGCAACCGUUUCCAAUCAAGUUAUUCCGCGAAAGGUAGAGCAAGAGCGAAAGAAAUGGAAGAUCGAAGGAAGAGGGAGGGGAGGGGAGGGGAAAAGAGGAAACGUUUCCUUCUAUCCUCUCCCCCCUCCCCCUUGAGAUUCCUCUUUUGUGCUCUCGUUCCAACUUUCUCGUCAAACUCGUGCAGAAACGCUUGCUAUACAGGCCAGUUUGGCACUUAGAUAUGAUGUCAAGCGCACUGCUGAUCGUAUUUCUUGGCAUAUUCUUACACAGAAUGCUUGGAUCAGUGAACUUGACCACAGUCGAGGUUAAAGGCGUGGCCGCUGCCCUGGAUAAGCACUCCCCUAAAGGAGAAUCAAAAGGGGUCAAGGCAUACUUCAGGAUGGACGAGAACGGACUAUUGAACCUAGAGAAGGUAGGCUAUUGUGUUUUCUCUCGUGUUUCACUUGGUGCGCUGUCAAAAUACAGGAUGGGCUAUUCUUAUCCUAGCUUGUAAUUCUCGUAAAUUAGCCAUGUUGUGGGGUUUUUUUGCAUUAAAUGUUUAGGGGUGAAGUUUGUGCUAAACUCAGGCAGCAUAUAUUCUUAAGUGUUUCUGAAAAAGAAUUCGUUAAAAAGACUCGGCCAUUAUUGUUAAGGCAUUGAUGCACUGAAAUUUGCGUUUGGCCCACAUGGCCUAUCAAAACUGAAUUUUACGAUGGAGAAUCAAGCCUGAAAUCUUGUAAAACUUGUAAAUGUUGUGACGUCAUUCAGUAAUUACCUUCUGCAGACUCAAUGCAAGUAAGUUGUCUGUUUUCAGGUGGAGUCUGUGUUUGAAAAGCAGCCAGACGAGAAACCAGAGGAGGAACAGUCAACAUUUGCUAGUAAGCUCUUGUUCUUGUUCUUUUUAUCCAAUUCCAACGAUCGAACUCCACAAAUAUCCCAUAUUUUAUUUAGAUCUGCUGAAGACGUUUACUGAAUUGAAUGGUCGCAUCACAGGAUUUCGUCUACAGAAUGAAAAAGUAGAAAUGUAUUCAACGUCUUGUUAACCGUCUCUAAUUUUGCCGUCUCUAAUUUUUUAAUGUUAUUCAGAUGUUCUUUGUCGCCUGUUUUUCCCCUUUUUCCUGUUGCUUGUGAAGACUAAUCGCGUUCGAUAACCUCUGGGGGUCUUCCGGUUUAAAAGCAUAAAAUGGGAGGUGGGGUGGGGGAAUUUUCUUCUUUAUCCCUGCCUUUUUCCUGAGUUCGUCAGUGCUAAUCUUCGUGCGUUCGUUUAAAGCCUGAGAAGUCAGUAUCUUUAUCAUCUUUUGAAAUCUAAUUUUGUUUUGUCUGCAGAGAUCGGAAGUAAAAUUUCAAGUUUCUUUGGUAGCUCAAAAGAAGACGAGAACAAAGAGAGCAAGGUUGAGGUGGGUUUAUUUUAUUUCCUGUUGCUUGCGCUGUUAACUGAGUGGCGGAAAUCGGUCCUUCUCAUUGUGAUAUCAUUGGCUAACCAGUCAUAGGGGCUUUUGUCUUAAGGACACAAGGAGACACUGCAAAACAACAGCUUGCGCGUGCAUCACACUUUCUUGUACAUUUCUGUGCCGUCAUCGCACGACCAAGACGUGAAACGUCCUAAUUUCACGCUCUUUGGUAGACUACGAGUAGUCUCUCCUUUUUUGUUAGUCCGUCAAGCGAAACGCAAGAGAGACGGAAAUGAAUAAACAGAGCGACUGCUCGCGGUCUAGCUUUAUGGGGGGCAAUUUACUUUUAAGUGUUAAUUUCGCUGUCCUCACCGGCGUCGUUGCCUAAAAUGGUCGCUUUGAUUUGUUCCCUGCCUUUUUUUAGUCGUUUUCGUUUAUUCGCGUUGUGAGGUAGACGUAAUUCGUAGAAGAUAUUUGACCCCGAUCCGAACCGUUUGACGAUUUAAGAAUUUGCUUUCUUGAAGGAAGGAGAUAAAUCCGAGGGAAAAGAAGAUGAAAAAUCCGAAAAGGAAAAAUCAGCAGAUGACGAACCAAGUGUGAAAGAAGGCGACAAAACCGAGGAAAAACCAGCGGAGAAAGAAGAGGAGAAAAAAGAACAGGCAGAAGAAAAGAAAGAAGGAGAAGAGGGCAAGAAAGAGGAGAAAGAAGAGGAAAGGACAAGUGAUGAAGAGAAAGAUGGAAAGGAAGAGAAGAAAAGUGAAGAGAAGGGAGAAAAAGAAGAAAAGAAAGAAGAUACAAAAGAGAAAAAAGAACCAUCAGAUGAGCAGAAAAAAGACGCCGAGAGCAAGGUAAAAGGAUAGUUUCUUUGGUAACUACAUUCAAUGUACGAUUACAGAAAUUGGUGCCACCGGAGGGAAGCCACGCAAACUAUAUGACCCUUCGCUUGUUUGAAUAGGUCACUUUCCGAGUUCCUAAAACUCUCACUUUCAAAACGACGCUAAGUGCAAAACCUUUGUUGUGAAAAUGAGUUUUGUUCAGUUUGCGUGAGUUUAGAAAACUAUUUUCAUGUCAGUGGCUCUGCACUUAUCUUCGCUUCUAAACAGACGCUUGGGGCAACUCCGAAAUGGCCUGUUUUGAGAAAAAUUUGUUGUAAUAUCGAAAAGGUUUGAUAUCGUAAUACCGCCAUGAAUACCCAGUUUUUGUGGGCUCUGUGUGGUCCCACGUAAGACUUGAGAACCGAAAGUCUUCUUUAGUUCCUAUUUUACCCCGAGUUUAUACUUUAAUCACUACAGUGCUUUCCCCUCGACUUAUGGUAAAUUCGUUCUUGCUAAAAGAAUAAAUCUAACUCUGUCCUUCUUCACAGGAUGAAAAGGCAGGCAACAAGACUGAAGAAGCUAAAGCGGAAGAAAAGAAACCAAGCAAACCUGUAACUGUUCGUGAACCGCUCGAGAUGGUGCUGCAACUCGAGGAUGUGGCCAACACUUCAGAAGAUGCUCUGUCCACCUCAGUUAAAAAGUAUGAUUAAAAAAACGCCUGUGUGCGUAAACUGCGUUAUGUACGGUAGCAAGUUUCCUUGGCGAUUUUAGUGGAAAAAUACGACACGUUGUCUUUUGACAAGCAGAUAAAGGUCUUUUAUUUCACUCUGCACGUGUCCUACUAGAUUCUGGGAAACUGCGCACCUACCCCUCCCCCAACCCAACGUUAACAAUGACUUCUCACUAAGGGCAAAGCUUUGGUUAAACUAAAAGGAUAGGAGUGGGUGGUUAGUAUCCCAGAAUCUAUAUACUCAUUGCUUAUGAAUUUUCACACUAACCCCUCCCCUAACCCAACGCUAACACUAUCUUCUCACUUAAGGCCUAAUGUUAGGUUGAGGAAGGGGUGGGUGGGCGGUUAUCCGGCAGAAUCUACUGCACACAAUGCUCGUAAAUACUCCCACCUACCCCUCCCCUAAUCCAACGUUAACACCAGCUUCUCACUUAGGCCACAAGGUGUGGUUGGGGGAGGUGUAUGUGGGCAGUUACCCAGACUCCACACACUCAUUGCUAAAUACUCAUUUCUCCCAAGGAUCCCGCGUAAUGUAAAUGACAGUUUAGUUCUAGGGAGUGGAUCAAUUCCCUGUGCCCCCACCUUCUUUCUUUUUCCACUGCUUUCCUGUAAAGUUACAUCGGUUCCAUUGUUUUCUUCAAUUAGACUCAAGGACUUACAAGCACGUGACGAUGCUAAAUAUGCAAACGAACACGCGAAGAAUCUGUUGGAGUCGCACAUCUUUAACAUGCGCGAUAAACUUUCGGGUGAUGAAGGACAGUUACUUUCUACAGAGGAGGAGAGAGAAAAGAUUGAACAAGCUCUUAGCGAGGCCUCAGAGUGGCUGGACGACGAGGGCUGGGACUCGACUGCUGACGUAAGCUUAUAACCCUAAAAAAUUGCCAUGGUAACCGUAAAUUUUUGGAAUUGAGGACUUUCCUCUGCCAUGAUGGCAGCAAUAAUGAAAACAGCACUCAUUCUUUCUCCCUCUUUUCACUUGUUGUUUUGUCUCUGCCCUCACCCUCGUGGUUUCUUAAUAAUUCAUUAUUGUCUUAUUUCUUUUUUUUCCGGAGUAUUUAAGGCUAAAACAAAAGUCUUUCAAUGAUACGCAGCCGAUACCAGGCGGAGAAGCUGUGUAACUUGGUUCAAGCGCGGGAAAAUCUGUAACCCUGUAGCCAGUACAAAGGGCGGGAAAAUCUGUUACCAUAGCCUUUUUGUUGCCACUGACGAGCACCAUGCGGGAAAACGUGCCGAACCCGGCCACCUAAAUAGUUUUCUUAUUGAUUAAAUAUCUAAGCUAGGAAACUGUGUUUGCCCAGAGGCCAAUAAACCUGGUUUCCCUUUGUGUGGCGUGACUGGGAAAACGUUUGGUGGGUAUCUUCUCCCUGGAAAGUUUAACUGAAGAAAAUAUUACACACGUAUAUCUUACUCGUCCUGUCGGACAAGUGCUUGUGGAGGUUUUGUACUGUAGUCGCAUUUUUUUCACUCGAGGCUUCACAAGCGGUUGGAAAGUUUGGAACCGAAAGCGCAGGAAAUCAUAUGUGCGUGACCAUUUGUUCCCCCCAAAAAAUUUCAAGUCAGUAUUGACUGUCUAACCUAUGUCUAGGCUCGCCUUACCUUUUACCCUUGCCUUUUAGGUAUUUUUUUUUUCAUUUAGCAUAGUCCUAUAGAAUGAUAUAUUCACUUUCGCAUUUUCAGGUAUACAAUGACAAGCUUCAGAAGCUAAAAAAACAGUCAGUGGACUUCAGAUAUCGUUUGAAGGAGAACAAGGCCAGGCCCAAAGCGAUAGAAUUACUGAGAAACAGUUUAAACUUGUCUAGAACCUUCUUUGUCCAGAUUAACAAUAUUACCGACAAGGACGAGAUUUACACAAGCAGAGACUUGGAAGAACUCCAAACAAUUAUCAACGAGACAACGGUAAAUAAAUUCCGAGGAAGUGCGUCUCCACUGAAAUUAACCCCUCCGCCCCCUCCCCGCCAACCAAAUGUUUAAAAUCCCUUCCCUAACCGUCCAAAGUAAUAGACGUUCCGUUAACUGAAAAGCCUCUCCCACCCCACCCUUACUUCCUCCCCCGCCCCCACCACCCCGCCUCACAUAAAACAGAAACUUUUAUCACCGUCAAGGCCUCUCGUAAGAGAGAAAAUCUUCUUCUGCUAUCAUUAAGAAUUUUGCUAACAGAUUUGAAAAGUAGAUCACAGUCGGAACCAUGUUCUGGAACUUUGAAAAGGAAACAGAAAGAAGAUUCAUGAAGUUUUUUGUUGUUCCUUUGUUUGCAGGAAUGGCUGGAAGCGAACGUGAAAAAGCAGGCCGAAGCAAAACCUUCAGAUAAUCCCGUGUUGGUUGUCAAGGAUAUCGAAGCUAAACAAGGAAAAUUGGAUCGUGAACUGCUCUACGUGUUGAAUAAGGCCAAGUAUUACGUUCCAAAGCCAAAGGUCAAUGAAACAGGUACGAAUCACGUGUUCUUUACGUCUACAGUCACGUGAUUUGCAUGUGCUGCUCGACCAAUAUGGGGCGUACCCAACCAGUCUAGUAAAAAGGAGAUGUAUCCACGCUGCCAAUAGGGUUUCAUGUGAUUUUCAAAAUUUCAUAGUAGGUCGGUUGUUUCAUUUAAAUGAUGUAACCUUACUUUCAUUAGUUUACAAACGCGAAAGUUAGAACCACCUUGUACAUAAUAAUAAAGUACUGCUCAGUAGCUUUCAUUUGAAUGGUCACACUUCGGGAUUUCUUCCACAGACUCAAAAGUUAGAACCACCUUGUACAGUAUAAUAAACAGUACCACAAAAAAGCACUACUCAGUAUUUUUCUUUUGAACCGAUCAACCUUUAGGAUUUUAUCCAGAGACUCAAACGAGUUAGGUCUACUUUGUAUACAGCAUAAUAAACAUUACCACAGGAAAAUACAGCUCAGUAGCUUUCAUUUGAAUGUUCUUCCCUUCCUACAAUAUACUGAGUGUGUGAUUGAGAGACUAGCAGACAGACAGACUGACUGUCUGCCAAUCGAGCUUGAAGAGUGUCCGAGUGAUGGGCUGACCAAUUUUCUAAUAGACUCACUUAUUGAACGGUUUUUUACGUGUCCAAUUUGAUGGUGCUUAUUUUAAGCGAGUUAAUUUGUAAUUGUUGUUUUUGUUCCAUUAAAGCCUCGAAUACAACAAAACCAGGAGCUGAUGCAAAGAAAGAAAACAAAGAAAAACAAAGCAAGAAAGAAGACAAAAGCGCUGAUCAACAACAACAGACGAACGACAAGGAAGCGGAGAAACCUACAGAGAAAACGAAGAAAGAAGACGAAAAGAAGACAAACGAGAAGGUGGAAAAUCAGGAACAAACAACAGAAAAGAAAGAGAAAAGUGAAAGCAAAGACUCUGAGAAAGAAGAGCCAUUACCUUUACCAAGUCCAGACGACUCUUCGUCUAGUGAGCCCGCGGGAAGAACUACGUCCUCCGCGGAUAGCUCAAAAACACAAGAACAAUCUUCUCAAGAUAGUGAAACGAAAAAGCCAGCCAAUGAUGAAUUAUGAUAGGUUCUUUAUUAACUUUCUCUAGUUUGUAAAAUAUUUUGCAAGUUUUAAAAAUUUGAUGAAAUAACUUAUUGAAAAUUUCUUGCGAUAUCCACGUUUGCAAUUGAUUUAAAAUCACCAGUCAGCUGAGAAUGCAUGAAUGCAGCUUAUCAAGCGUUAUUGUGUUGCGUUACGUAAGCUGACAGCUCCGAUAGGUUUUUCACUGCCUCUACUACACUGUUGCUCAAUGGACUGUUUUUCUUAAGGUUCGAGAAGGUUCUUCCGCUGAUAUCAGAGGGUUUUUGUGUUUGUAUCCUAGAAGGAGGACGAACAGAGGCCAAAGAAUAACCGUACAAAUUGUCAGAAAAUGACGAAAACGACUGCUUCCCUUGCCGUUAGCGUCCCGAGGCUUUUUUGCUCGAUUUUUGGGUUUCAUCAUAUUUCUCCGAUUGACGGCCGAUUCUGACACGAUCAAUCCCGACAAAACGGCGAACAACGAUUCUUUGUGAAUGAAAUUGUUACGCAACUAUGCCUACCCAGUAGCUAUGAAGACUUUUACAGAACACGUACGGUUCGUGUUUUGGGGUAACCUAAUAGGCAGACGUUAUUGGCUUUUAUGCUUUAAACAUGGUUUCGAUAUGGUGCCAAGCUCUUAGAAUAACGAGAACAUGACCGCCAAGCGCAAUGGCAAAGCGUAAGCACUGGGAGGGUCGAGAAUGGUGUGGAAUUAUGAAUGAAUCUAACCCCAUAACUGACCCAUUUGGUGUUAAGAAAUAUACAGGCAAAUUAAGUCUAGUGAGAGUUUCUUCAUUUAAUACGAAAUAAAAAGCGUUCCUUAUGAGCAAGUUUCUCUACUUGUAAGGUAGAAAAAAAAUCCAAAAAAUAAAUACUUAUUUCAAUAUUUCUUUUAAUUAGCUCGACCAUGUUCAGUGAGUUUGUUUAAGUAAACUUUACGAUGUCACCCGAAAAUAUUCUGUUCCGUUGAGCUUCGCUUGCCGGGAAUCUG